UUUCACUAUUUGUCUCUACUCUAUCUGCAUUUAAGUUAACAUCACACUAUGAUGCUGAAUUUGGAAAGUGUUAUGCUUUGACAUAUGAAGGAAUUGUUACAGUUUCCCCUUCUGAUUGAUUAGUCAACUCUGUUUCAUGAAAUUACUGCAACAUAAUUUUUAAAAGAACUUUUGCAGGGGGGUUCUUGUCAUUUAAGCCUUAUAUUCCAAAACGCUUGAUGCUAAGUGGGGAGCAUAAUGUUGAAUCACAUUUUACUCUUGUCAAUUACCAAGUAUAUUAAACAGAUUAGGACAGCACUUGCAAUUGCUUCCCUUUUGAACAGAACACUGGUGAUGCCUCCACUAUGGUGCAGGAUUGAUCGGCUAUGGUAUGGCCAUCCUGGUAUAUUGGAAGGGUCCAUGACUAGACAACCUUUUCUCUGUCCUUUGGACCAUGUAUUUGAGGUCAAUGUCAUGCUGAAAAAGCUCUCUGAAGAAGAGUUUGGUCCUCAAAUAGAUUUUAGAGAGUACUCAAUACUUGAUAACCCCUCUCUGCCAUCAGAGGUAGAAAGGUCAUGGCUUGAUGUUCAGCUCUGUAAAGAAGGAACAGUAGGCUGUGAUGUCUCAAAUGAUACCACCAGUGUAGGGGGAAUACUUAAAUUUCCAAAGCACAGCAAUGAAGAAACGUUUAUGAAAGUAUUCUCAUCAUUCAAGGAUAUAAAAGUAAUCAAGUUCUCUUCAGUUCAAGAUGCUUUCCAAGGUUUCACUGACAAGGAAAGGGAAGAUAAAUUCAGAAAUCGUGUUAAGCGGUAUGUGGGCAUAUGGUGCUGUGUGCCAGAUCAAAGCCUUGGCCACAUAUAUUAUGAUAUGUACUGGGAUGAGAAACCAGGAUGGAAAGCAAUUCCUCCUCAAACUUCCCAGGAUGAUCAUCCCCCUUGGUAAGAUUAACAUAUGGUUAUGUUUAUUAUGCCACUACAAUGGAUGGGGGAAAUAAGAGACAUAAAUCCAAAGGAGAUUUAGUUUCCAGCUAAUUGUGAAAACCAAGAUAGAAUGCAUACAAGUGAGGAAUCUGUAUCCAUACUGAGGAUGUAAGAUAUUCAGAGACUAGACAAUUGGUUCUUGUAACAUUUAAGAAUUUUUUGGUUUGUACAAUGAUACUAAUAUUGCACCUGGAGAAAUGGAGGCCCAUAAAUUUCUCAGAGGCUUUCACAUUUUGGUCUGUGAUGUUCUUGUUGUUAUCAUUGUAUUGGCUGUAAGUAAAUACUGGAGACAUUCAAUUG